UGAAAGCAUAGAGACUUCUUUGCUGAUAAUCAACUAUUUGUAGAAAGUAUGAAUAAUAACAAAAUAACGUCAUAUUUAUAGAAUACAAAUAUUUGAGGGCCCAAUAAAGAUAGGAAAAUAAAUAAGGCAGUGGCCUAGUUCGAAGAGAGAGGCUUAAUAUUUUACAAAAUAGUUUAUAUGUUAUCAUGUUCAUGUUCUCGGCUCUGGUUAGCAGAAAGACCUUGGUAGAUCUUGUCUUGUGGGCGAGGAGCUGAAACUCAGACUUGAGGUGAUGUCCCAGGGGGCUUGACAGAGACUGGAUUGGGCCCACCCCAGAAUGUCUGCAGAACUUCAUGGCUGGUGUUUUCAUCCUGUAUUACGGAAACUGGUCCACGGAGUGGUCCAGUCUGCAUGACGUAAGCUAUAAAUCUCAUUAUGAAUACGCUGGACUCGUGUCUGAGUUUUGUCACACUCACUGAACAUGGGUGUGAUCAUUUGUCUUUUGCCCUCUACCUCCUGAAAGGGGCUGUUAGUCCACGUCCAAGAUACAGACCUCAAAACAGAGAGGUGAAGAUUCCAGCAGGGUGGGCCAGCUGUGCUGGUGGCUUGGAGGACUGCCCUCUGGGGGAGAGAGCCUAGCAAAAGGGUAGGGUCCCGAGAGCAGUGUCCUGUCUCCAUGAAGCUGACGUGAGAGCAUCCAGGUGAAAGGGCCUCUGCCCUGUCCGCGGACAGAAUGACCAAAACCCGGCUCUUCCGCCUGUGGCUGGUCUUGGGGUCUGUCUUCAUGGUCCUCUUGAUCAUCGUGUACUGGGACAACGUGGGCACCGCGCACUUCUACCUGCAGACGUCCUUCCCCAGGCCGCACCCCCUGGAGCCGCUGCCCACCCCCGGGCACGGGGCAGAGAAGGAAUUCACGUCGGACGUGGAUGCGUUCUUGCAAAAGUUGCUUGGCGGCAGCCUGAAGCAGAGCCCCCUUUCUGGUAAAAGGCCGGAGCAGCCCUCCGUGCCGGCAUCCAGCAGGCCUGGGCUGAGCAACGCGGAGGAGAGCGUGAGGGGCUAUGACUGGUCUGCCCGUGACACCCAGCAGGGCCCAGACCCAGGGGGGCAGCAGGCCGAGAGGAGGAGUGUGCUCAGGGGGCUGUGCGCCAACGCCAGCUUCGUGUUCCCCACCAAGGAGCGCUCCUUCGACGACAUUCCCAACUACGAGCUCAACCACCUCAUCGUGGACGACCGCCACGGGGUCAUCUACUGCUACGUGCCCAAGGUGGCCUGCACCAACUGGAAGCGCGUGAUGAUCGUGCUGAGCGAGAGCCUCCUGGACCGGGGCACCCCCUACCGCGACCCCCUGGACAUCCCCCGGGAGUAUGUGCACAACUCCAGCACCCACCUGACUUUCAACAAGUUUUGGCGCCGCUAUGGCAAAUUCUCCCGCCACCUGAUGAAGAUCAAGCUGAAGAAGUACACCAAGUUCCUGUUCGUGCGGGACCCCUUCGUCCGCCUCAUCUCGGCCUUCCGCAGCAAGUUCCAGCUGGAAAACGAGGAGUUCUAUCGGAAGUUCGCGGUGCCCAUGCUCAAGAUGUACGCCAACCGCACCGGCCUGCCUGCGUCCGUCAGCGAGGCCUUCAGUGCUGGCCUCAAGGUGUCCUUCGCCAACUUCAUCCAGUACCUGCUGGACCCGCGCACCGAGAAGCUGGCGCCCUUCAACGAGCACUGGAGGCAGGUGCACCGCCUCUGCCACCCCUGCCAGAUCGACUACGACUUUGUGGGGAAGCUGGAGACGCUGGACCAGGACGCCGCCCAGCUCCUGCGGCUCCUCAAGGUAGACAAGGUCCUACACUUCCCCCCGAGUUACCGGAACAGAACUGCCAGCAGCUGGGAGGAGGACUGGUUUGCCACCAUCCCCCUGGCCUGGAGGCAGCAGCUUUACAAACUCUAUGAGGCGGACUUUGUCCUCUUUGGUUACCCCAAGCCUGAACACCUGCUUAGAGACUGAAGGCGUCAGGGGACGGACCCAGACAGCACGACAAACUGGGGUGGUGUUGUUGCUUUAAACCCGGACCAAGGGCUUGCCGCACCGCUGCCUUCCUCCCAGGGAUGGGGCGAUGGGUUGCCGCGUAUAUUUUUUUAUGGCUUUGUGUCCCUCCCACACUGCUCCCGUUGACGAGGCAGCUGGACGCACCAGGAAUCAGCCAUCCCCACACUCCGGUUUUUAAAAUCACUUGACGAUUUUGCAAUCUGGACUUACUAUUUACUCCACUGCCUAUAUCCCUUGAGUACUGUGUUAAUAUUGUUUUUUUAAAUUAAUAUAUUUCAGAUAUUUAAUAUGAAAAGUGGAGGAGAGGAUGGAGUAAAUGUUACAUCUGCUUCUGCC